UAAAUAGAUGAAACGUGACCGGCUCCAGGGAAACUUUUAACUUUAGACUUUUAUCACAUUUGAUAGUUUUGGUGAGUUCGGGUUUUCCCGCGUGUUUCCCGGUAGAGGACCGGAUGUGAGUGACGCGGUGUGGAGCUGCACGUGCUGACGGUCACAUCCGGCUGGUUCACUCGAUCAAAGGGAAGAUGCCACGAGGAGGUUUACCUGACAGGUGGCUGGACUACCGGUCUGUUGGGAGACGACUGGACGGGACUCGUUUCAUCGCCUUCAAGGUUCCUCUGAAGCAGGCUCUGAACGGCCCGCUCCCCCCCUCGGACGCCUUCGGGCCCUGGGACCUGAUGGAGACGCUGAGGCGGGACCACCAGGAGCUGGGUCUGAUCAUCGACCUGACUAACACCACCCGCUACUACAGCCCGCAGGACAUGCCGAACUGGCUGCUGUUAGUGAAGAUCUUCACACGUGGUCAUGAGAUUCCAAGCGACGCAACGAUCCUGAGCUUCAAACGCACAGUUCGCAGGUUUCUACGAGAAAACGCAAACAACGACAAUCUGAUCGGAGUGCACUGCACCCACGGCCUGAAUCGCACCGGCUACCUGAUCUGCAGGUACCUGAUCGACGUGGACGGGAUGGAUCCUAAACACGCCAUCCGCUUGUUCAACUCGUCCCGGGGUCACGACAUCGAGAGAGAGAACUACCUGAGUGAUCUGCAGGGUGGACCCAAGAGGAGUAACCGGGGGAUUGACGAGUUUGAGACGGAGCCGCAGAGGGGAGGAGCCACACAUCGACCACGUGACGCUGCACCCGACUCUUACGACAGAGAGGACCGGCGAGCCCCCGGUGGCGACUCCUGGGACUACAGAUCUUCUUCCAGAGGAUUAAGCCACCGCCCACAUCAUCGCCCCCCCCACGACGCCCCGCGGCCCGACCCGAGGUUCCGCCCCCAGCAGUUCCACUCUCAGACUUCUUAUCAUCAACAGUCGCGAGCCCCGCCCCCGCCACAUCGAUGGACACGCCCUCCUCCCAGCCGUCAGUGGAGGGGACCCCCCCGCCCGGAGGAGAGCUGGUACCGACCCGACCAACCGGAUCCGCGGUGGAGACGAGACCAGCAGCCCACUCCCGCCUCCCGCUACACCCCCCGCUGGAGAGACCAGCCCGACAGGGACUGACCGGACACGCCCACUGGUCUGAUCACAUGAUCACAGAACACUUCAAACCGAUUUUUAUAUUUUCUAGCCGAAAUGACAACGUCUCAUUUUGGUCGUUUUAGUUUUCAUUUAUUCUUAAAAACAUGUUUUAGCUUAAAAUGUAUUUGAGAGGCUGCAGCUCAUUUACAUGUUCAGCACCAUAAAUGUAAAUAAUCCUUUUUAAUACAUUUUUAUUGAUUUUUAAAUUCAAACAUUCAGAACGUUGUGUUCACGCUUGUUGGUGCAAACCCGACACUUAGUGCUGCAGCGGUCGUCAUGACAACGAUCAAAGUUUCCUGCUCGGGACUCAACGCAGUCGGCUCUCACACUGAUGUAGCAUCUUAGCUAACGAUGCUAAAGAGAAGGACACAGGAAAUAAACUCUGAUAGACGAACCCAGGUUCACCAACCGACUCCGCCUCCUCGCUCACUUUCAUCUGAUUGGCUGGUUCCUCCACAUUCAAAGUUCGGCUUCACUUCAGCGAAGCAGCACGACGCCGCGACAGCUCGUCAAGGAAACAACGACGCCGCGUUUCUAAGUGACUCAGCAACUUUUUCAACGUGAACUCGUGUCGCAGCAGAAAUCCGAGACAGACGCUGACUCUGCACAUCUGGAAUUAAAUCAACACUGUGACUCUGAGCAACAGCGCCCUCUGCAGCCGAACUCCAUGAACUGAAACGCUGGAUAUUACCCAUGAUCCUCUGCUUCCUGAACCAGAAGAGCUGCGGCUGUAACGAAUCCACCAACCUCUGUUCAGAAUUCUUCAUAUUUGAAAAUGUUUCUGGUUUUUAAUGAGUUUUAACUGAGCGACAGUUCAGCUUCACUGUGAUUGGCUGCAGACCAGCGAUGUGAUUGGUUGAGAGUGUUCACUGCUGCUGCUGCUUUUCCUCGUGACGCUAGCGUGAAGCUAACGAGGCUCAAUCAGCUCGGAUCGGUGCCUUCAGCAGAUUUUUUUAUUUUUCGUCUAAAUGCGAUUUUUCUAGGUUUGACUUUAUCUGUUAUUAAGUCUGUGACUGACACUCGUCUUCUUCAUGGAUUAUUUCUUCAGUGAAUCAAGGACUCAAGGUUUCACUUCACACUCAUAACAGACGCAGCAGAUAUUUACACGUGGAACCAGAGAAAAGUUUACAUUGUAUUUUAUUAUGAACUUUAAAAUUGUUGGUUAUUAAAUGUAUUCCACUCGAUUAGACGACCGAUCGUUUUUCAGGCAAAACAAACGAUCAUUUUUAUAAUCUUUUAGUCGAUCAACAGAAAACCUGGAUUUGAUUUGAUGGACGAUAUAAUAACUCAUCAUGAAAACUGAUGUUUGUAUAAAUGUAAGCAAAAAACAUUUGAAAGAUUUUUUGAGA